CUCCAUUGGUGACUGUUUUACUCCAGCUCUGCCACCUCCAUCUCUGCCAUCAUGAGCCGGCAACUGAAUAUCAAGUCUGGUGGUGACAAGGGGGGCUUCAGUGGGCACUCGGCGGUGGUGCUGAGGAAGGUUGGGGGCAGCGCGGCUUCUUACUGUGCACCCAGCAAAGGAGCUGGUGCUGCCUUCGGAAGCCGAAGCCUCUACAAUCUCUCUAGAGGGGAUCUCUGUAUUCCCCUCAAGGUGGCUGGCAGCAGUGUUCGGACUGGAGGUUACAACUUCAGGCUUGGCUCUGGGUAUGGAGGGGGCCGGGCCAGCGGCUUUGCCAGCAGUAUGUUUGGCAGUGUGGUCCUGGGGCCUGUGUGGCCAUCCAUGUGCCCACCUGGGAGCAUCCACCAGGUCACCGUCAACAAGAGUCUCCUGGUUCCUCUCAAUGUGGAGCUGGACCCGGAGAUCCAGAAGGUGCGCACCCAGGAACGGGAGCAGAUCAUGGCACUGAACAACAAGUUUGCCUCCUUUAUUGACAAGGUGAGGUUCCUGGAGCAGCAGAACCAGGUGCUGAGGACCAAGUGGGAGCUGUUGCAGCAGCUGGACCUGAACAGCUGUAGGAAAAACCUGGAGCCCAUCCUCGAGGGCUACAUUGGCAACCUGCGCAAGCAGCUGGAGAUGCUGUCCGGGGACCGGGUGAGGCUGGACUUGGAGCUGAAGGGCAUGCGGGACCUGGUGGAAGACUAUAAGAAGAGGUAUGAGGUGGAGAUUAAUCAGCGCACAGCCGCCGAGAACGAUUUUGUGGUGCUCAAAAAGGAUGCAGAUGCAGCCUACAUGGUCAAGGUGGAGCUCCAGGCCAAAGUGGACUCUCUGGACAAAGAUAUCAAGUUCCUUAAGUGUCUGUAUGAUGCGGAGGUGGCCCAGAUCCAGACUCACACCAGUGAGACCUCUGUCAUCCUGUCCAUGGACAACAACCGUGACCCAGACUUGGACGGCAUCAUUGCCGAGGUUCGAGCCCAGUAUGAGGACAUCGCCCUGAAGAGCAAGGCUGAGGCCGAGGCGCUGUACCAGAGUGAGAUCCAGGAGCUGCAGCUGGCGGCCGGCCGGCACGGGGACGACCUCAAACACACCAAGAACGAGAUGUCGGAACUGAACCGGCUCAUCCAGAGGAUCCGCUGUGAGAUUGCAAAUGUGAAGAAGCAGUGUACCAACCUGGAGACUGCCGUCGCUGAUGCUGAGCAGUGGGGAGACAGUGCCCUGAAGGAUGCCCGGGCCAAGCUGGAUGAGUUGGAAGCUGCCAUGCACCAGGCCAAGGAGGAGCUGGCUCGGAUGCUGCGUGAAUACCAGGAGCUCAUGAGCCUGAAGCUGGCCUUGGACAUGGAGAUCGCCACCUACCGCAAGCUGCUGGAGGGCGAGGAGUGCCGGAUGUCUGGGGAGAAUCCCUCCUCUGUGUGCAUUUCUGUCGUCAGCAGCAGUGCAAGCAGCUUCGGCUCCCACCCUGGCUCCUCGGCCAGCACUGACCUUGGGGCCAGCACCAUGGCCAGCACAGUGACCAGCAUCUCCAGCAGCACCAGAAGCGGGCAGACCAGGGCUAAAGGGGCACGAGUGGGAGACCCCAAGGACUCCCAAGACAAGAGCGCCCCAGUCAGCGACCGGGCCAGGAAAGCUGCCCGGUAAAGCCCGUCAGCUUUAAGGGUUCUCUCAGCUCCUGGAAAAAGAGAUGCUCUUGCUGCUGCCACCUCACCUGGAGAUGUCUGCCACACCCCUCCUCUCCCCAGAGCCCUAGGACCACCCGUGGUACAUGUGGCCACCCACAUGCACUGUGGCCUGUCUCACUGUCAAGUUCUGGUUGGCCUCAUCCUCUCCUGUUUUCAGGUCCCAUCUGGACUUUGUGACUUUGUUUUUCCCUGCAGCCCUCAGCUGCUAGGAGGCUUAUGGGCACAAGCUAUAAUUACCUUCUUGGCCCUGGAACAUCCCUAAGAACAUCCCUAGAGAGAGAGGAGAGGAGAGAAGAAAGAGAGAGGAAGAGGGCAAGGGAGGGCAGGAUAGUUUUCGCUAUGCUUCGGUGGAGUCAGCAGUUGUCCGAAGGCUUACUUUGCAACCCGGAGGUGGUAGCAACUCCUAUAUGUUAAGCACCAACUACAUCUAUUGCCUUUAAUUCUCAUCCAAUCAUGCAAAGUAGAUGCAAUAAGCAUCCUCGGGACAGAAGAGACCCCUCCCCACCAAUCCUCUGAGCGAUUGUGGAACUUGCCCCCUUCACUCCCUGGGUGCUAGGGUCAGGAGUUGAGCCUGGUUGAUUCCAGGGCCCAUGAGAUUUUACACGCCACUGUCUCUUUAAUGAAGAGAAUGUCAAAUUCACUAUUAUUUUGAUGAGGGCAGCAGACUUAAGUUGCCUUUCUGUCAGUGGGUAUGUGUUUAUCUUUGGGCCUCUCUCUGGCGCUGUGUCCUGCAGUAGCUUCUGAUUCUCAAUUCCUGAUGCCAGGAGCUGUGUUCAGUGAGGGAAGCUUGCUUUGUCUCUGGUGGUACCAUCCAGCCCAGAAGUCCUGGCUCUUGUAAAUAUUCCAAAGGACGGAGACACCUGGUUCCUCCUGGCCUUGACUGAGGAUUCUGAAUUUCUGCCAUAUGUUCAAUAAACUGUCCUUGAGUAAA